AUGCAGGGAUUGACCUGCUCGUCGUGUGUGCGAAAUGUUUACGAUAUAUUGGUCAAAACUCCUGGCGUGUUUAAAGCUUUGGUCACUUUACGACCUUGUGUUGCAACAGUACAUCAUCACUAUGCGCAGGUAUUCUCUGGUACUCUAAUUCAGCGCAUUGAAAGUCUUGGUUAUCAAGUUAUCGAUUCUCAUACAAUCCCUGUCAACUCAAUACGCGAUGAUCAUACCACCAGUGAUUCGGUGCUGCCUGUUGCUUCUCCGAUUUUAAAACGACUGACAUUGACUGUUUCUGGAAUGACUUGUGCAUCCUGUGUCAAUUCUAUCCAAAACAUGAUCCAAACUGUAACGGGUGUUGUUUCCGAGUCGGUUGUUGUUACGUUAUUUCCUCAACAGGUUGUUUUGGUUCAUGAUCCAAAUAAGAUUGGAAUGGAGCAGAUUGCGCAGGUGAUUGAAGAGGCAGGUUUUGAUGUUAUCGAGAAAACAUCACUGCCAUAUGUUGCAGCUGGAGAGCUUGCAAGCUCUUCAUCUAUUGCUCGAACAUUAGUCAAGGUGGAGGGAAUGACAUGUUCAUCGUGUGUUGCUUCGAUUGAAACGGCUCUUUCAAAUCAGCCUGGUGUGCACUCAUCUACAGUCAAUCUGAUCACAAAACAGGCCAUUAUUGAACACGAUGCCUCGGUUAUUGGAGUACGCGAUCUCAUCAGUUUUGUCAACGACAUUGGAUUCGAUGCAGAGUUGUAUUCGAGCCAAAACAAUACUUCACAUUCUGGCGGAAUAGCCACCUCUGAAGACAGAGAGUUGAAGCAGUAUUUUUACGAGACAACCAUUGCAUCGAUAUUUACUCUUCCAGCAUUUUUUGUAUCCAUGGUUGUAAUGAUGGUAUUUCCUCAUGAUCAUCCAGUAAGCAUGUUUUUCAUGCAGCAUCUUAUUCCCGGCGUCACUGUUGAGGAUUUUGUCAUGUUGAUGCUGGCCACACCUGUUCAGUUUAUACUGGGGUAUCGCUUUUAUAGAGGUGCAUACAAAUCCGUGGUUAAACUCGGUACUGCCAACAUGGAUGUUUUGGUUGCACUUGGAACCAGUGCUGCCUACUUUUUUUCUGUCUAUGCAAUGAUGCUUAAUGCAAUGGCCAAGCGACAUAACUUGGAUCAGUUUUUUGAAACUUCUAUUUUUCUGAUUUUUUUUAUUCUUUUGGGGAAAUACAUGGAGACGUUGGCAAAAGGCAGAACUUCAGAGGCUAUUUCACAGCUUAUGUCGCUUACUCCCGACACGGUCAUUUUAGUACACUUGGAUGAAGUCAAUCCCAACAGUAUUAUUAGUGAGUCGGAGAUUGAUCUUGGUCUUGCCCAGGUUGGUGAUGUGUUGAAAGUUGUCGCUGGUGGUCGGUUUCCAUGUGAUGGUAUCAUUGUUUGUGGAACAUCGUUUAUUGAUGAAAGCAUGCUCACGGGUGAGCCUGUUGCUGUUUCAAAGACAGUUGGUGAUGAGGUACUCGGUGGUACAGUGAACAAAUCGGCAAUGAUACUUAUGAAAGUAGUAAAAGUAGGCACAGAUACCGCUCUAGCGCGGAUUGUCAAGCUUGUAGAGGACGCACAAUCAUGUAAAGCUCCUAUUCAAGCAUUUGCGGAUCGUAUCUCGGCGAUAUUUGUUCCAGGUGUUUUGAUUGUUGCGAUGAUAACGCUAUUAGUUUGGUCAACUGCUGUUUUGUCUGGAGCUGUACCUAAAACUUGGAUACCACCGUCGCGAUCACCUAUGCUUUUUGCUGUCGAGUUUGCAAUUUCUGUUCUAGUUAUAGCGUGUCCUUGUGCAUUGGGUCUGGCUACGCCCACUGCGGUAAUGGUUGGUACUGGUGUUGCAGCGAAAUUUGGUAUAUUAGUCAAAGGAGGUGGUGCAGCACUUGAGAUGGCACACAAGGUUACUGCUAUUGCAUUUGAUAAAACAGGAACUUUGACAUAUGGACACCCAACAGUUACAGAUGUCAAGACCACUGCAGCUCUUGAUGGGUUUCGGCAUGUUUUGCCAACAGACAAUGACUUUUGGUCGAUGCUGUUUACUAUGGAAUCUGCAUCUGACCAUCCACUUGCCAAUGCUGUGUGUGCAUUUAUUAAAUCCGAUCAUGCAGACACAAUCAAUGAAGCCAAUCGACAUCCAGGAUAUGUGGUUGCAGAUAUAGCGGAAGUUGCAGGUCGCGGUCUUUCUGCACUACUGAAACCAACGGAUCCAAGCGAGCAAACAUUUCGCAUUGUUGUAGGAAACGAAAGAUGGAUGCGAGAACAUACUUGCUAUGAUAACCCAGAGCAGAUAUCCGAAGUGACGUACAGAUGGCAGCAACUUGGAAAAUCGAUUGUCAUGAUUGGAGCCGCACCCGAACCAUCGGGAGAAACACCACUAUCGGUUGUCAAUGCACCAUCAAUGCAGAUGCGAGGAAGAUUGUUGGCUGUGCUAGCCAUAGCAGAUCCAGUAAGAUUCGAAUCAGCAAGUGUGAUUGUUGCAUUGGAGAAACGGGGGAUCGAAGUCUGGAUGGUAACAGGGGACAACGAUACCACAGCAAGAGCAAUUGGUGCACAACUUGGAAUCAGUCCAAAUCGUAUAAUGAGUCAUGUGUUACCGGGAGAAAAGGCUGAGAAAAUCAAACAUCUUCAAGCAAUGCAAGUUCGAGAUGGACGCGGAGGAAAGGUAGCCAUGGCAGGCGAUGGGAUCAAUGAUUCGGUAGCACUAGCUCAGGCGGAUGUUGGAAUUGCGAUUGGAGCAGGUUCUGACAUUGCUAUAGAAGCAGCACAAGUUGUGCUUGUGAAAUCCGAUCUACGCGAUGUGUUGAUUCUAAUUGAUAUUUCUCGUAAAACAUUCAACCGAAUCCGACUCAACUUUGCAUGGGCUUUAGGGUAUAACUUGAUGGGUGUACCAAUAGCUGCUGGAAUACUAUAUCCAUUCAUGCAUGUUGCACUUGCGCCAUGGGUAGCAGGAUUAGCUAUGGCACUAAGCUCAGUAUCGGUGGUUGUGAGUUCAUUGAUGCUCAAGAAUUUCAAGCCUGACAAUAUAGCUACACAAAAUUGA